GAAGGCGUAAUAACACCCAACAAUAAAAGCCAGCAGCAGCGGAAGCCCAAACGAAAGUAAAAAUCGUUUAAUUGGAUUUCUGGUCGCCUUGGCUCUGUCGGAUUCAACCUUUACCCGCCCGAGAGGCCCCUCACAGUCAAAAAGCUCAAAGCACAGCCGAACACCCGAACAUCAGCCCUGGAAGCCGGUAGAAAGUAUCUGCGCUGUGGGAUGUAUCUGAGCAGCCCGAAAGAGUAUCUUUGAGUGGAUUCUUAUGCAGAGGACUGACAAGAAUAUAUUCUAAAUGGUUCAUCAUUAGAUCAAUCAGCAGGCUUUCAACAUCCAAUAAUUUUGGAAGCUAAUACUGAAAACUACUCCAUCAGAGAAUUUAAAUAUCACAUUAAGUCCGGUUUGAUUAGCCUGGAGUCGUGGAGGAUCCGUAAGAACCCCUAAUCCUCAAGAAGUCACUGAUCAUAGAAGCCAUACUCUCGACAAUGAGUUUUGAGAUCGACGCUCCGAAGAUCUGCGAGCAGCUGGAGGGCACGGAUCGCCAGCAGAAGACCCGAGCGCUUGCCGGACUGCGUGAGCUCUGCCAGAACGCUCCCAAGAAUGUGAGCACCGAGGACAUAGCCGAGGUCUUUGACCAGCUAUACCUGCACCUGCUAAAAGCCUAUGACGACCGCUUCGAGAGCGUGCGCGACCACGCCGUGCAAGCGGUGGACGCCUUCCUGCAGCUCCUGCCCCCCAUGGACUUCCACCUGCUGAACGUGGUGUCCACCCUGGCAGAGCGCAUGGGAAAGGCGGAGACGGUGGAGCCCAGCGAGGAGAUCCGCCUUCUCUACAUAGCGCAGCUGCAUUUGAUGGUGCGAAAGUACGCCCAAAUGGGCAACGUGGGAGUCUUCCGGGAGUGCUACCCUCAGGUGGUGAAGGUGCUGAUCAAGUCCAUUAAGGACGACUACCCGCUGGUGCAGCGCGAGGGCUGCGGCACGCUGGUCGACCUCGCCAAAGUGGCCAACACCCAGGAGCUGCGUCCGUUCUGCGAGUCGCUGGCUGUCGCCCUCUAUGGAAUGCUGAACCACAAGCACGCCCAGGCGCGGAUCUCGGCGGUGGAGGCCAUCGGCAGGAUCAGCCUCCACUUCGACGCCAGCGGCGAGAGCAUGCGCCGUCUCUUCAGUGAGAUCUCGCCCCUGCUGAUGGACUCGAUGCCCCUGGUACGCCGCGAGGUGGGGCAGGUGGGGGUCCUCAUGUGCCUGGAGCUGCCCGACCGCUACUCCUUCUUCGAGCGCAUUCUGCCCAUGAUCCUGUGCUGCCUCAAGGACGACUCCCCCGAGGUGGUCAAGGACAUCUCCGGGAAGUGGUUGCUGUGCGGCAAGCAGUACUUCUUCGAGAACGAGGCCGAGCUGAGCCAGCAGGAGAUAAGCGACCCGCCCGUCGAGAACUAUCCGAAGAACGUGAUGCGGCCCACGAUCGGGUGUCGUGGCCUCGUGCAGCGCGCCUUGAGGUUGCUCCAGCUGAUCACCCGGGAGACCGGGGACUGGAAGGACAACGUGCGGCUGCACUCGCUGAAGCUCCUCUACCAGUUCGUCCUGCACGCCGAGGCGGCCAUGACCCCGAAGUUCUUCGAGAUCUACGGCGAUGUGGCCCACGCCUGCAUUGACCCCGUGGCGGAGGUCAGUGCGGAAGCGGCCAAGGCGGCCGACCUGAUGGGCCGGCUGCUGGCCUACGACGCCUGGAUCGAGCACGGAUUCAACGGGCUGGAGCGCAACGCCCGGGAGUCCUACAUGCGCUGCUUCUACCACAUGUUCACCGCCUCGCUGGGCGGCAACUACGAGCAGCUCAUGCGCCUGGCGCAGCUGCUCCGGAGCGUCGACUAUUCGCACACCCUGAAGCCUGGCUUCCAGAAAUACAUCCUCAAGCUCUUGCACACUGUGCUGGAGAAGUCGCUAAAAAUAAACGCCGGUCAGGAGGAGCUGAUGGAGCUCUACGAGUGCGUCUACGUGGCCUGCAUCAAGGUCAUGGCCCUCUCGCACUCCCUCACCGGCGGCAGAAACGAGGAUGUGGAGUUCGGGCAGACCCUAAUCGGGAAGAUCAUGGGCCUCGAGCAGGUGUCGGAGGCCAAGCUUCACGAGCGAUGGUUCCACCUGGCCCUAAAGGACGUGGAUAACCUGGACGCCACUCUGGAGGACAACGCGGAGCCUGUGAUGUUGCUGGACGGGCUCAUCAACAUAUGCCUCAUCCGCGCCACCUACAUCUCGGACCUCAUAGAGAAGGUGAAGGUGGUGUUCGAGCACUGCUGCGACAGCGCACAGGUAAAGGUCUUCAGCAGCCUGUCGGUCGCUUCACUGCUCUGGUCGCAGACCGUGGACAUAGAGCGGGAGCAGAGCACUCAGCUGCUAAGCCACUUCGUCUCGGAAGUGGUGGAGCCCUACCUGACCUGGAAGGCCGGGUCCAGCGCCGAAGCCAUGAGGUCCCUAGCCAUGGCCACGCUCUGCGCACUAGCCCAGGGAGCCGAGGAGGAGGCCGUGGAGGUGCUGCCCGCCCUGGCGAAGCACAUGCCCAGUCUGCUCGAGGACCGCAACGUCACUACCAGACACUACGCCGUCAAGGCGGUCGUCUACUUCCGCGGCAUGUCCGUGGAGGACCUGAAGCCCCUCGCCUAUUCCACAAUGCAGCGCAUGGACGACCCCUCGGCGGGAAUCCGCUCCCUGGCCGCCCUGGCUGUGGGCAAACUCAAGCCGAAGUUCAAGAGCGAGUCGGAGGAGGGCUCUGGCGGCGAGAGGGAGGUGUGGGAGACCUUCGUCAAGCGCGCCAUGGACCUGCUGCUGCUCUACCACGAGAGCCCCGAGAAGGACAUUCGGGCGGCGGUGGAAGUGACUCUCAAGGAGCUGGUUCCUCCCUAUCAGGAAGCCUGGGAGGAGCGCUAUCAGCGGGCUCGGGCCAUGUGCCAGAACAAGGAUCAGCUCGACGGACUCUACAAGAAAGUGACUGUUGCGGAGGAUCCCAGUCAGCAAGCUACCUCAUCUCACCUCGACCCACUUCUCUCUUAGGCUACUCAUGGCAUUUUAAAUUUAGUUUUGUAAUUAUUUCUUAGCACUAAGCCGACGCUCCAUUGAGUUCUAAUUCCAAAUAAAUCCGGAGACGAUGGCAGUGUCUUGUUCACUUUA